UCUGCGCAUGCUCCGCGCGCUGUAACUGCUUCCGGGUCGGACUCCACUUCCGGCUCGGCGGCCGGCGCCGGCCUGGCGCUGCUGCCGGUGCUCCUGCCAUGUCCACGCUGUUCCCCUCGCUCCUGCCCCGCCUCACCGAGUCCCUCUGGUUCAACCUCGACCGGCCGUGCGUUGACGAGACCGAGCUGCAGCAGCAGGAGCAGCAGCACCAGGCCUGGCUCCAGAGCAUUGCUGAAAAGGACAACAACUUGGUGCCCAUAGGAAAGCCAGCAUCCGAGGUGGGUGUGUGGGCAGGGAAGCGAGGGGUUACCACAGGGCUUGAGGGGCAGAGGGGGUUGCUGGAGCUGUUAUGUCCACAGCACUAUGAUGAGGAGGAGGAGGAGGAUGAUGAAGAUGAUGAAGACAGCGAAGAGGACUCAGAAGAUGAUGAGGACAUGCAGGAUAUGGAUGAGAUGAAUGAUUAUAAUGAGUCUCCUGAUGAUGGGGAGAUCAAUGAGGUAAGUAGUGUGAAACCCUGAGCAUGAGCUCCAGGGGCUGUCUUCUCUCCUUCCCUCCCUCUGUUGGGUUCUCACUCUGGUGCAAGAUCUCAAACCUCUUUCUUUCCCAGGUGGACAUGGAGGGGACAGAGCAGGAUCAGGACCAGUGGAUGAUCUGAUUCUGCUACAACCACACCAAACUGGAGGCUGGGGGAGAGCCUUUGCCCCUCACGGCUCUGGGGGACAGUUCAGUGAAGCUCCUCCUGCCGUGGGUGCUGUGUGGGGCAGGGGGGUUCUGAGGGGAGAUUGGCACCUGACAUGUUGGAGUUGACACAUCUUUUCUAAUAAACUCAGUUUUCAAGAAAA